CCAGCCUGAAUGUUCCAGAAGAAGACAGGGAAGAGCUGAGAUGGCCUUCUUCAACUUAUAUCUGUUGGGAUAUCAAAAUUCCUUUCGGAACAAGAAAAGGGACACAACUGAAGAAACAAACCAGAAGGAGCUGGUGCCCACUAGGCUUCCCCCUAUUAUCCCAGAAGAUGGGAAUUAUUCUGUGCACCAGAAUAGCCACAAAAGUUACCACGAAGCUGUAAGGAAGGUGUUGUUAAAGACACUCCCCAAUCAGGUCUUCAGAGUCCCCUUGACUGAUGCUCAGAACUUCAGCUUCUGGCGGUCCCGUGAUCCAGAAGCGCGCCCAGAGGAAACCAUGCCAUGGAUCCGAAGCCCCCGCCACUGCCUCAUCAAAAGCCCAAUGACCAGGUUCAUGGAUCACUCUGUUCUUAGAAGAUGACAGAAACUUCAGUCUGUAUUGAGCAGGAUGUGUUUGCAGAAGAGCAAGAUGGACCGUGGAAACAGGGCAAAGAAAGAGAAAGUGGGAGAAGGUGUCCUGGUUCCACUGACUGACUGAGAGGAGGCGAUCGCAAAAGCAGAGUAAACAGAUUGGACUAG